GCAGUAAGUUUUUUCAAAAAUGGUGGCUAUACCUUACGAUUACGACGCAAGAAACACUACUGCAAGUUUGUUUUGAUCUGUUACAUUCUUCCACGGUUCUAGAGAUUAUUGUGUUGCUGUUGAUUAUUAAUAUUAUUUAAACAUUUUCCAAUUAAAAGUUAACAUUCGUUUAAAAUGGGUAAAGGUUACAAUAACUACAUGUGCAAAAAGCCCUUUCACCCAGGUUCGAAAGCAAACAUCAAAAGGACAUGGAUGGCAGAGCAGAGGACAGAGAAUGAAAAGAAAAAACAAGAUGACCUCAGACAGCAGUAUGAGAAAGAACAAGACCUCUAUAAUAAUAGGGCACUGAUCAGCAAGGAAAGUAAAGAAAAACUGGCUCUCAAUUUUAUGUAUGAAGCACCACCAGGAGCAAAGAGAGAAAGACAGAAAGAAGAUGAUGAACCAGAAUACAAGUUUGAAUGGCAGAGGAAAUACAAUGCACCAAGAGAAGAUUUUGCAAAGGAUAAUGCAGAGAUUCGUGAUCAACCCUUUGGAAUACCGGUAAGGAAUGUUCGAUGUAUAAAGUGUCACAAGUGGGGUCAUAUUAACACUGAUAAGGAAUGUCCACUGUUUAAUAAAGCCAGCACAUCUUCUUUGCCAACAACUCAAAUGGACCCUCUAGAAUUAAUGAGGCAGAUGAGAGAUGAAGGAUAUUCUUUAAAACAAAACAUCCUUGGUCACCGAAUGGAUCCAAGUCAGUCUAAUCAGCAAAUGUUAGAAAGUGAAGAUGAAGAAGAUCCAGAGGUUGCUUUUCUCAAAACUCUGUCCACAAAGCAGAAGAAAAAGCUUCUCAGAAAACUGAACAAGCUUGCUGAAAAACAUGAACAGGAAAAGAAGAAGAAAAAAUCAAAAAAGAAAAAAAGCCAUAAAAAGUUAUCUGAUUGUUCAGACUCAGAUGUUUCUUGUAAAGCAAAGAAGAAGAAGAAAAAGAAGUCAAAAAAGAAGUCUCACCAUUAUACCAGUAGCAGUAGUUCUAGCACUGAUAAUGAAGAUGAAGUGAAGAGCUUUUCAUCAUCAAACUCUGAUGUAACUACAAAAAAGAGAAAACGUAAAAGUGAUCAUCAUAAGGAAGAAACCAACAAAAGGCAUAAAGUUCAAAAAGGCCAUUGAUACAAACAUUAACAUAAAGUUUAUCAUAAUCCAAGCUGAAUUGAUAAAUGUGAGAGUAAUUCCUUCAAGCUUGGAUUCUCUUUGAAAUUUCAAGAGGGAAGAAAACAUGUAAUGAAUUUUAUUUCAUUUAGUCUUAAUGUAUUAUAAAAACACAUCACAAGUAUUGAGACAAGUGUUAAACCAACAAAGACUUUAAUUUAGACUUAUUCAUAUGGCCAGGCUUACAGCUUAUUGUAGAGAUGUACAAAUCAUUACUUUUUUAGCUGUGACAUAGUAGCUCAUAGAAUGGCUCUUAAGUUUUUUUGAUCAAGUACAAACUUUUAGCUCAUAACUCCAUCUCUUGACCCAUUUGAGAUCUAAUUACAGCUGUGGCUAUUGAGGAUUCCUUCUUGUUUUUGUAGAACAUCGUACUUUAUACAGAGCUCAAAAAUUUUUUAUUGUUAACAAACGUAGUCAUUAAAAAUACUUGUAUGCAAAAAAAAAAUGCAGAGUAUGAAAAGUUGAAGUGGGUGUUUAUGCCUAAAACUUGGGUCAUGCUGAAGUUCCUUGGUCCAAAACAUUGACCACUAUCUCGUAAAGCCAUUUAAAUAUCUAUUUUAUUUAAAGUUCUGUAUACUGUUGAUGCAUUUGUUUGUCACAUAUGGAAGUUAAAGUGUUAAGAAAUUAACUUUGAAGUCAUGCAAAUAAUUGUUUUCUUCACAUAGUGUGUUGCAUUAAAUGUCAAGAUUAGUGGACAGAAACUUGAUAAAAUAUCACACAAAUUACAUACUAAUGUUGAAUGUUUGUUGUGAGGCUGAGUGUUAUAGCAAAUCCAAUCCAAAUGUGAACUGUUUGAUGUAAAAAUACAUAGUUUUUGUGGAUCUGUUUCUGUACUGGAGAAUCACUUUUGUUUUCUUUAAAUGUUAAUUAUGUUUGACUAUAAAAUUUUACAAAUAUUAAUUAAAGUGAUGUUACUUCUUUAAUUAAUAUAGAAAUUGUUUUAUCUUGGUAUAGGGUUUAACACAAAAAUGUUAAAAUUGAAUUUAAUCCAGAAUAAUUCUUUGUGACCAGUACUUACCUUAAAGUAUACAACUUACAAAAUUCUCUGGAAAAAAAAAAA